AUGGACGCGCACGACGAUGACCGCGCCGUGCACGCCCCGAGCGAGGCGCCGUGCGCGGAUGAGAACGAUGAGGACCAUGAGCAGCUAACUGGUCCGACGUUCGACUUCACCGACGCCCUGAGCGAUCUCCUCCCGCCCGAAUCUUGGACGCUCGCGACGACGGCGGAGCAAGAGCGCGCGGUGAAGGCUUUGGACGAGACGACGGCCCGGGCGAGAGCGACUAUCGAGCGCUUGGAUGGUCUCGAGGCGGAGCGCCGAGCGCGCGAGUGCGCCGAGCGCGCGAGAGCCGUGGCGAGCGCGUGCGUUCGAGCGAGCGCGGCGCUCGCGCGAGCGCGAAGGGCGUUAAUUAAGGCUGGGAUCGUCGACGAGAGCGCGCUCGCGCCGUUCGAUCCAGACGCGUAG